UGCCCUGGCGCUCGUACGGAGCGGCAAGCAUCCCCGAGAUCUCCAAAGGACCGGGCUGGAGGGGUCCCACGGCGCCAUGUUGGACGGUCAUCCCACUUCCCACCUUCCCAGGGUUCCUUCGCACCGUUCUACCUGUGCGUCUCGCUGGUGGAGCCGGCCUGGGAGGGAUUCUUUCAGAACCCGGCCUCCGUUUCCUGCUUCGUCCGCAGCCUUGGCCAAUAAGGUUGGAGCGGGUGAACAAGUCUGGGCCAAACAACGCCCUUAUUGGACAGCGAUCGUGGGGGCGGGACGAAGGCUGAGCACACGUCAAAGCGGAAGUGGGCCGUCGCCUCGCUGAUUACGUAAUGCCGCGGCGUCUGAGGCGGUUCCGCUGGCUGGUGUGUGCGCGGCGAGCGACUCCCAGUGCGGCCCGCUCGGCUACUACAGCGCCUGCGACCCCGGCCGCCGCCUGAACAUGGACUCUGCUGGCCAAGAUAUCAACCUGAACUCUCCUAACAAAGGCCUGCUGUCCGACUCCAUGACGGACGUCCCUGUUGACACCGCGGUGGCUGCCCCAACUCCUGCCGUGGAGGGGCUGACGGAGGCCGAGGAGGAGGAGCUCAGGGCGGAGCUCACCAAGGUAGAAGAGGAGAUUGUCACUCUGCGCCAGGUCCUGGCAGCUAAGGAGAAGCACUGUGGGGAGCUGAAGAGGAAGCUGGGCCUCUCCACCCUGGAGGGCCUGAAGCAGAACCUGUCCCGGAGCUGGCAUGACGUUCAGGUCUCUAACGCCUAUGUGAAAACUUCUGAGAAACUCGGAGAGUGGAAUGAGAAAAUGACCCAGUCGGACCUCUACAAGAGGACUCAGGAGACGCUGUCUCAGGCGGGACAGAGGACUUCAGCUGCCUUGUCCACCGUGGGCUCUGCCAUCAGCAGGAAACUUGGAGACAUGAGGGCUCGUCCGCUCUCACACUCCUUUAGCAGCUCUGCCAUCCGCCACUCCAUAAGUAUGCCGGCCAUGAGGAAUUCUGCAACCUUCAAGUCAUUUGAAGACCGAGUUGGGACCAUAAAGUUAAAGGAAGUCAUACGGAGAGCCCUGUACCUUGGGCAGUUUCCCCAGUGAUAACGUUGCAGUAUCACCAUCAGGAUGUGACACUUGACAGGCUACCAGCAGUUCCACCCCCACCACAACCCUUCAUGGUGCCCACCUUCUUUCCUCAAGCCCUGCCCGGCAACCACUAGUCCAUUCUCCAUGUGCGUAGUUCUGUAAUGGCAAGAGGGUCAUGUACACGGAACCAUGUGGGGUGUUCCCUUUUGGGAUUGGCUCUUGUCACUCUGCAUAAAUUUCUGGAGAUAACAUCCAGCCUGUUGCCUGUGUCAGUGAUUUGUUCUGUCUUAUUGCUAAGCAGUGUUCAUGUCUCGUAACUCAAGUGGAGAAUUGAGCACCUUGAGUUCCCAACGGGGACCUACGUUCUGCCUGGCAUUAUGUGCUCUGUCUCAGGUUUUUCUUUCUUGGUCUUCUU